AUGGCCGUCUCUUUCAAUCUAGAACACACUUUGUUCUUAGAAAAGGAAUUAGCCGAGAAAGUAAAGAAUUUCUUGCUAGGCGGCGAUAAUGAUCAGUCACAUCGCUUUGUCAAAAGAAGUGUGAGUACUAGCAGUGAGGAAGAUGAUCCACCAGAUUUACGUGAUCCUGAAAAACCUGCUGGCGUUCGGGAUUGGGAAUUCUCAGAGCAGGUUUUACCUCCAUCUGACGCAGUCGUCGAAGCACCGCUAGGAUGGUUAUCACAAUGCUAUGUAAUUACCUAUAAUUCAUUUAGAAAGUUUUUUUAUAUACUACUGCUUAAUCAGCAACGAUUUGCUCUCUUGACCAGGUCUGUAUCGGAUGAUAGUCAGUUGUGA